AUGGACAGCAGACAGCCAGAAGUAAAUAAUCCAUCAGAAGAAUCCAGCGGUGACGAUACCGGGAUGGUUCCUGGCUGGUUUGACAGAAUUUCUGCCGUCAACAAUGCCUCCUUUGUCAAUGGAUCAUUUGUAAUCCGAAAUUUGGACAUUGCUUUUCCCAUUGGAAGAAGAACUACACCACUCUGUCAGUACAAUGCUUGCUUGUGGCCGGAUUCUCCAGAUGGAUUCGUGUACAUCCCUUACACCAUAUCCAGUGAUUUCGGCACCUAUGAAACAGCCGUAAUUGCAGCCGCCCUAAAUGACAUUGGGGACACCACCUGCAUACGCUUCAUACCUCGGACAUCAGAGACUGACUACAUCACCUUUGCAUCUCUUAGCGGGUGCUGGUCUUCAGUGGGUCGCAUCGGUGGUCAGCAGUUCAUCUCCCUACAGAGACCAGAUUGUGUCUGGUCAGGCGUUGUCACUCAUGAAGUUCUGCAUGCUUUAGGUCUUCAACAUGAACAUGUGAGAAAUGACAGAAAUGACUAUGUACAGGUUCAGUGGAAAAACAUUCAUGCGGAAAAUCUGGGUAAUUUUUAUAUUGCUCAAAGCUAUAACCAAGAACUUAGCCUCUAUGACUACGGCUCCAUCAUGCACUAUUCAAAAACGGCCUUUUCCAUCGAUGGUGUUCUGCCGACCCUGAUUGCUAUACCCGACAGCACUAUCCAGCUAGGACAAGAUUUCUCCAUGAGUGAACUGGACAUCGUAAAGCUUAACACCCUAUACAAGUGCAAUAAACCUCCGAUCAGAUCUGCAGGGUGUGGAGGGACACUGACUGGAUCUUCAGGAUCUUUUGCAACUCCAAAUUUUCCAAACAAUUACCCCAAUAACGUACGCUGUCACUGGAAUAUUACCACCAACAUACAGUUCACCAUCACCUUCACAGACAUUGACAUCGAGGGCGACGGUAAAAGAUGUCCAUUCGACAAGCUGAAGAUUUAUAAUGGAUGGGAUUUCAAUACCUUGUAUCAGAUGAACGACCUCUGUGGGAAGAAUCUCCCCUCACCCAUCACUUCCUAUACAAGGUCAAUGCAGUUUGUCUUCACCAGUGACUCAAGCAUUGUCGGGAAAGGAUUUCGGGUGGUCUACCAAACCGUUCAGAAUUAG